GUAAAUAAAAAAGAAAGAAACAAUGGAAAGUAGAAAUAAAAAUUGUUUCUAAGAAGAAAACGUUACAUUUUACCGUCAGUGGAAGUAUUAUGUAAUUACAACGUGACACGAACAUUUUUGGUAAAUAAUGGAGAUACGGAUAAAAAGUAAAAAUGUCACGGUCGAAAAUUGUGAGCGAUCGUUAUCGAGACAUUAUUAUAUGUGAAAAUGGACACAGGUCAAUUUAGAUGACUAUCGGAUGGAACAAUUGUUAGGAAAAUGGUAGGUGUCCAACAGGAAAGGGAAUGCUAUUCGGUGACGUGAAUCAGUACAUUGUUUGUCGUUGUACCGUAACGAUUAAUCCCGUGGGACAUUCGGACGUAUUAAAUAAGCACGUAACACGAUGUUGUAAAACAGAAUCCAUUAAGUUGACUCGUGAUUUCGUCCGAUGGGAAUUCUACAAAGUUAUAGAAUGAACAGUGCAGUUUCAUUCUUAGCGGCGAGAAUUAAGUCCGAUUAACGUCACUUGACCUAACGUUGCAAAGGGCAACUCCGACUUUGCUUGCCUCGUGCACUUCGCGCAUGAUUUUGCAGAAAAAGUAAAGAAACUUCCGCAACGACCAGCUGUGUGUUAUUAACCGCGUCUCGCGAACUAUGGCUUUGCUCACUUGGAAGUCUUGGAACAUUGUCUUAUCAAUCUCUACGGUGACUGCCAAUGCGACCAUUGGAAAUAAAGUCACUUACAACGAGCUGAUUGAUACAACGAUGACAAUCGUUCGAUCAUGCACGAUGUUCCAUGCAGACGACGCUCUUCUAUUAGCUGGCGAAUACGACGAAUUCUUUCAACGAUCUCUACUCAACGAUAUACCGGUUGCUCUAAUCUCCGAAUCGAAAUCAACGGCGUUCGAGAUGUUCACUUUGAGCAAAUAUUCGUACACGAUAUACACACAGUUCUCUGUGAUAUAUUUGCUUUGGAAAUUGAACCAAUUCAUCGUGGUUGCAUCCUCGCAGCCAAUGCUUCAAUUGCUUUUGCAAAGGACAAGGGACUCUGGUUGGUCGAACUUCCAGGGUUUCCAUAUUCUGAUAGACAGGAAGACCGAGCAACGCGGCUGUGUGAACGCUUACAAUUUCCUGUGGACAGCUUGGGAAUACGACAGACUUUCCACCAUAUUUCUGUGCAUCGAUCCGAUCGAAGGAAUCGUCCUUUAUACUUUUAAUCCUUAUUCGAGCAUCGCGCCUGAAGUUUGGAGGAACGUUGGACAUUUCCAUGGGCGCGGUGAACAUCCUUGGACAUUAUUGAAAAAGAAAUACCACGAUGAUUGGAGAACAUGCGAGGACUUGAUGUUCGACAAAACGAAAGAUCUAAACGGAUACGAGGUCCGAACGAACGCCAUAUCCUUCGAGCCGCAUCUUCAAAUAGACCCGACUAAACGAGGCUUGGAACAGUUCUCCGGUGACAAUAGCGAAAUCCUGAAAAUAGUGUUCAAAAAGUUGAACGCGAGCCUUCGCGUGCGUGUGUACACUGGGUCUCCGUAUAAUUUAGGAGGAAUUGGCAGUCACGGAACUAUGGUGGGAAUGAUGGCUGACUUGGCUACUCGUGAGGUGGAUAUAGGAAUGAACGCGAGGAGCCUGUAUAAUACAUGGAAGGUCGAACACACGUAUCCUCACGGAGACGACGGUCUUUGCGUGUUCACGCAACGAGCAGGAGAAAUAUCAGAGUUUGUCAAGAUCAUGUCCUUCCUAUCGCCAGUUAUACACGCGGCCAAUCUUGUUGUAUUCGUGAUCGCCCUUCUGGUUCUUACGAAAUACCAGGGAUUCAUAGAAGCUAGCCUGAAUAUAAUACGUUUGAUGACUUUUGGCGCCGUACAUAGAUUGCCGAGAACCAAUUCCACCAGGAUCUUCUUCAGUAGUACGUUCAUAUUGUACUUGAUAAUGAACGCGCUGCACCAGAGUCAUUGGGCUUCGUUUCUUACCAUUCCUGUUUCUCUACCGAAUAUUAGAACAUCGGAGGAUCUUAAGAAGUCUGGUUGCCAAAUCUACGGAUCGAUAUUUCACGGUCAAGAGCUUCAGGAUCCCGAACUACAAUCACGUUUCCACAAGGACACCUACUAUGCUUGCAAGGAGCACGUGUUUCGAUCGCAAUGCGCCGCCUGCUUAGGUGACUGUCUUCAUCAUUACAUGAGGAUCCACAAUGAAGCGCGCCUUUAUCGAUCUAAGAAAAUACAGCAGAACGCGCUAGUGUUCAAGACCAGAGAGGACUGGCCAUUGCUUGUUUCUGUAACGUAUAUGAUUCAGAGAACGGUGGAAGGUGGAAUUAUAGGAAAAUGGAAGGAGGCGAGUACAAGAAAAACGCGCUGGGCGUGGAAGAAAAGGCAACUGAACAAAAAUAAAAGCUUUAAGACUUUGGAGAUGCAUCAUGUCUUGUUCAGCUUCUAUAUAUUGGCGAUUGGAUACCUUUUAGGGACUCUGGCUUUUGUUGUGGAGAUCGUUAUGGGAAGGCAACGAAUUGACAAAUCCUCGAGAAAUCGGAGGCAUUGAACGAAAAGAUUUUCGAUGUUAAAAUUGUUGGACGCAGUGGUUUUCAGAUGAUUUUGUAUCGGGAGAACAUGAUAUCACAGGAAGUGGCACAAUUUCGACGAUUCUUGGA